AAAGAAAUACUUUACUAGUCGACAAACUGAGCGCUGAAAACGACGUCAAUAUGAAGACUAAAUUUUCGUUUUCACUGGAGAGCAUACCAAGGCAGAAGGGGUUUGGAUGUCUGUCGCUCAAAUUUGGAAGUAUCGCCUCUGCUUUGAUUCUUAUUCUGUACUCAGUAUUCGCGAUCGCCCAAUGUCUGGCCGCCCUCAACGUCCUGCCUCCCCACUGGAGCAGCGACAACGUGGAGGUGACAUUGCUGUACACGCUGGUCAUCGGAGUGACCAUCUCUCACACUCUCACGCUGUUCCUCAGCACGCUUAUGCUGAUUGGAGUACUGCGGGAGAAGUCCAGGUUUAUCAAGCCCUGGGUGUUAUGGACCACCAUCCAGGUGUCAGUCUCUCUACUUCUGUUCAUCUUCUUCAGCACCAUGAGCAUCGUCAACCAUUCACCUGAUAAUUCCCUGCUGCUUUAUGUGGUGGAGUUCUUGGGACUAAUGAUUCGCUUCUACAUGCUGAUGAUUGUGUCGAGCUACUACAAGCAGCUCGAGGAGGAAGGCUCGGAGACAGAGAGACUCAGGCAGCUUAUCAACAACGAGCUAUGGUACAACUCCGCUUAGCGGCUAAACACCUGAUUAUAUAAGCACUGUAAAGAAGAGCUACUACAAGUGCCUGGUUUUUGACUGAAAUGUAUCUAUUCAUAGUGCCGAAUUUAUAUUUUUAAAGACUGUAGGCCACUUAUUUCCGCCGCCCCAUGUAUGUACAAAAUAUGCCGGCUCUCUAUGGACGCUGCUGCCCCUAAUUAGGCCGCGGUCUAUACGGCCUAUAUAUAAAUCCGAGACUUUUGAUUGGUUAGCUUCAAAAUAGUACUUAAUCAACAAUGCUACAAAACUUGAGAAACUGGGAGAGAACUAAAUAAUUCUGUUGUGAUAAAAUAAACUAUGACGUUUGCCGCAUAAAUUGUCCAAAAUUUUGUGACUAGUUUCGUGGUUUAAACCAUAUAGGAUGGUGUUGUGUGGAAUAAAAAUAAAUUUGUAUUUUAUCCUAUUUAUGAAUUUGUACAGAUGCGUACUUAGAGGUAUCUUAUUUAAAUGUUGUGAUAUUUUUGUAUCUU